AUGAGAAAACACCAGGCUGCGAAGAGAAAGGACAUCCUUGAACUCGUUUUAGUUGUGCUACCAUGGAUUUUACUCAUCACGCUUUGGCUCCAACGUCCUGGCAACUCGUUGCUUCCAGUUCCGAAGGCUAACAGAACUGGGGUCGGUAAAGCUCACCAAAGAAGCUUUAGACUUCAUGAGCUCUGCAUCAUAAAGAACAAGCACAUCACUGAGAUCACCCGGAUGAAAUACGUCCACAGCCACUCUCUACCCUGUUUUGAUGCAUUGCCAACUCUUCAUGUAAUAACUCCAACCUACAGUAGGCCCGUCCAGAAGGCAGAGUUGAUCCGCCUCACUAACACUCUCCUACACGUCCCCAAACUUCACUGGCUAGUGGUGGAGGACGCGGCACAGAGCACGGCGAUGGUGUCCAGACUGCUGGAGAACACGGGACUGAAUUACACCCAUUUGAAUGUAGAGACGCCGCCGGAUUUCAAAGUGUUGAAGAAGCCCAGAAAUGAAAGUAUUCCACGUGGAACCAUGCAGAGGAACCUGGCUCUCCGCUGGCUCAGGGAGAACAUCAACUCCAGCUCGGGUCAUAAAGGAGUUGUGUAUUUUGCAGAUGAUGAUAAUACUUACAGCUUGGAGCUGUUUGAGGAGAUGCGAUGGACUCGUAAAGUAUCUGUCUGGCCGGUCGCCUUCGUCGGAGGUCUCCGGUACGAGACGCCCAAAAUCAAUUCUCAAGGCAAAGUGUUCGGCUGGAGGACGGUGUUUGACCCUCGUCGGCCUUUUGCCAUCGACAUGGCUGGGUUUGCAGUGAACCUUCAGUUCAUCCUCAGCAAACCUCAAGCCUACUUUAAGCUAAAAAGUGUAAAAGGCGGAUACCAGGAGAGCAGUUUGCUACAGGAUCUGGUCACUCUCAGUGACCUGGAACCCAAAGCCUCUAACUGCACAAAGGUACUGGUUUGGCACACCCGGACAGAAAGACCCCUGCUUGUGAAUGAAGGAAAAAAGGGAUUCACAAAUGCCAGCGUGGAAGUAUGAUGAACUGCUGUCAUGCAUUUUUUUAAUACCGAAGUAUCCUGUCAAAACUGGACUAGCAGCGAGAAAGUAUUAUUCAGCACACUGAAUUUAAACUGUCCCCUUGUCAAAGACAGAUUUGAGUAUUUGACUAAGACACUCUCACUAAAGGGCAACUCUUAAUUAAAAGGGAUUUAAUGGAAAUGUAAAGAGUCAAACUCUUGAAAGCUUCGCAACAACUUAAUUCCCAUGUCUUUUGCACAGAUUUUUGCCCUAUUUGCAGUCUGGAUUAGUCUAACUGCCAAAAGUCAGAGCCUACCAAUUUUAGGCAGUUAGAGUUAACCGAUUUUGCCGAAACUUGCAUGGUGGCCACUAGCUCUGAUUUUUUAGCUUGAGACUAUAGAUGCGUCCCAAUUCACGUACUUAUGCACUAUUCUAUGAAGUUUUUAAGUACAAAUAAGUACUUAAUUUCCAAAAAGAAAAAGUGCACUUUAAAUACCCGGAUGAUGCACUAAGUUAACGGAAAAAACAAAGUGUGGAAUAUUGGACACUUCAUGCACUCAACUGUCACAGAUUUAAUUACGUAGCGGAGGGGGAGGGGGUAUCGGACUCCGUUGUUAAAUGACAAAAUAACCUUUUACAUUUCACGUACUACAUGCAUGAGUACAUAGUGCAUAAGUACAUAGUGUAUAGUGCGUCAUUUGGGAUGCAACUUGUGAUUCAGUCUAGUUGGAAGAUAUCAAACAUGUUCGAUAUUUUGAGCCAAUUUUAGAAUGGAUAUCGUUUUCAUUUGUCACAAAUCUCCUAGCAACAAGGCACAUGUUUCUUCGUGAGUUUGUUGUGUUGGAACCAUAGAUAUAUAAACAUAGCUGCCUCAUUAUAUAUAAACAUAGCUGCCUCAUUAGUAGCUGUUUCUAUUGGCCACUGUAUGUAAGCAGUCCGCCAUAUUGGAUCAGUCAAAACACCGGUCCAUGAACAAUCGAGAGCAAAUUGACUGUUCGUCUGCAACCGUAGUUAGAUGCAUGUAUGAAUAUCUACUUGCAAUAGACUUCAGCAGAUGAUUUUGCUAAACUAACACAAUACAACAAGACAAAGGCAUCAGCUAACACAACAUUCAAAAGUUAUCAUACUAU